UUGCUCAAAAACAGUUCUACUAUACUGCCUAUUUCUUCUCAAUUGUGAUUGUAUGUUUUACGCUGCUAACCGGAAGUAGCUUGGUCAUCAACAGCUACUAGAUGAUUGACAAAUAUUGCUAGCUUAGAGCAGCAGUUUACCAUCGUGGGUUUUCGGUGGAUACCGUUAUAUAAUUUUGUCUCUACUGUGUGUGUUGGAAAUUCCUCCUUCGUUUGAUUAUCCCGAGCUGUCUAAAGUGGAAUGGCGGAGCCGAGCGCCAGAUAUCAGCAACUGCCUAAUGAGGAGGACUCUGAAGAGAGUCCACAGGAAGCGGCAGAUGCGCCGCCUCCUUACAGCAGCAUCUCUUUGGACAAUUCGGCCUUCUUUGACUACAAGGAAGAUGGCGUUUUCCCGAAGCCUCCGUCUUACAACGUAGCGACCACACUACCUUCCUAUGACGAAGCAGAAAGAAGUAAAGUCGAGACCUCUGCUCCACUGGUAAACGCAAGAGAUGAUGAGUUUGUGGCCAGAGAUGAGUUUGAAGAUGCGGACCAGCUGAGGAUAGGAAAUGAUGGCAUCUUCAUGCUCACUUUCUUCAUGGCGUUCCUGUUCAACUGGAUUGGUUUCUUCUUGUCUUUCUGCCUCACCACCUCAGCAGCGGGACGCUACGGGGCCAUCUCAGGCUUUGGCCUCUCCCUCAUUAAAUGGGUCCUCAUAGUCCGGUACUCCACAUACUUCCCUGGUUACUUUGAUGGGCAGUACUGGCUGUGGUGGGUCUUCCUGGUUUUGGGCUUCUUGCUUUUCCUGCGAGGAUUUGUCAACUAUGCCAGAGUUCGCAGGAUGGCCGACACCCUCUCAACUCUGCCCCGCACCAGAGUCCUCUUCAUCUACUGAAGAAUUCCUCCCUUUUUUUUUUAGUUUCUUUUCCCUUCAGGCUUUUUUUUUGGGGGGGGUUAUCAAAUCAAAAAGGGAAAGCCAAUCACUGACACCCUUUUCGUAACGUCCCUUAAAUAAAACUGUAUGCGUCGCCCUUUCCUGCAAUAAAAUAAAUCAGAUUUGCAAAAUUCUUUAAGUAAUUGUGAAAUUGUCAAUGAAAUAACGUUUAAAUGAAUGCCUUAUUUAUUAUUAUGCUACGUCGGUUGAAGCAACAUUUGCAGUUCUCAGUUUCCGCCACAAGGGUGCAGUGUUGUAUGCAUAAAUGUUUUUGCCCAAGUAGUUUGAUGUAAAGAAGUCCAAAGGGUGUUUCUAAAGCAGAGGCCAGUAAGCCAGGGGUUAUGGGAUGGUUAUAUAAAAAUAAAAUCUAUAUAUAUAUAUCAGUGUAAGUGUUUCUGACCAGCACUGACUGGUUCAUUUUGAUUAUUUCAGCUUUCUUUUCAGAAAACAGCCAUAAUUCUUGGGCCAAGUUUUUGCAAAAUGUUAUUCUUUCAAGUGUAUAAAAAUAGUUUGUACAAUUGCUAAUAUUAGCUUUUUGUUGGUUUUAAAUGUAUUAAAGCAGGAAAGUUGAUCAUAUGUCAUAAAAGUUCUUGGUUUUGUGCAGGUUGGCAAGUUUUUGUUUACCAAGUGAUUUCUUCAAUUAUUUUUUUUUCAUCUAAACUGCAUUUGUGGUGUAAUAAUGGAAUAUUAAAACAUAAUUUACUUUU